AUGUCACAACAUCAGCCCCCUCAAGAGGUGGAAACAAAUGAAAAGGUGCCUAGAGAAAUCGAGCAAGUGCAGUCACUGAAAGUUGUCCAGCAGCCGGAAAUUCCAAGUGAUGAGAGCUCAUCCUCCUCUUCUACUUCUUCCUCCACGACAUCUCAAGAAGAUAGGGUAGCAAGUGAGACUAUUUAUACAGUAUCGGAGACAUCUACAUCUUCCUCAUUACCUACUGUUACGUCAUCAACAAGUGGGGAUACAGCUAGUAGUACACCUGCCACUAUGAUUGUUACAAGACAACGGGAGCGAGCAACCCGCAAUGGUCAUAAAUGA